UGCCCGGCCCCGGCCCUGGGCUGGCGGCGGCGGCAGUGGCAGUCCGAGCGGUCGCCCCCAUGUCGGGCCCGCGGGGCGCCCUGCAAGCCUGGUGCCGCCGGCAGUGCGAGGGCUACCGCGGCGUGGAGAUCCGCGACCUCAGCGCCUCCUUCCGCGACGGCCUGGCCUUCUGCGCCAUCCUCCACCGGCACCGGCCCGACCUCCUAGAUUUUGAUUCUCUCUCCAAGGAUGAUGUCUAUGAGAAUAACCGCUUGGCCUUUGAAUUGGCAGAGCGGGAGCUGGGCAUCCCGGCCCUCCUAGAUCCCAAUGACAUGGUCUCCAUGAAAGUCCCCGACUGCCUCAGCAUCAUGACUUACGUGUCUCAGUAUUACAACCAUUUCAACAACCCCAGCCAAGCCAGAGUCCCUCCGCCUAUGAAGCGCCCAGCUGCUGCCUCCUCGCCUCCUCUGCUGGCCCACAAGAAACCCGUGGCUGCGGUAGAGAGUCCCCCGGCACCACAGGACGAUGCCCCCUCAGACCUGUCGGAGCAGUCCCAGCGCACCACGCUCAGCAGUACCUGCGCAGCCUGCCAGCAACACGUCCAUCUGGUCCAGCGCUACCUGGCUGAGGGCAAGCUCUACCACCGCCAGUGCUUUAGGUGUAAGGAGUGCUCCAGCACACUGCUCCCAGGGUCAUACAAGCCUGGGACAGAGGCAGGGACUUUUGUCUGCACGCAGCAUCGUGGUAAACUGGCCAUGAGCGGGAAGGCGGAGAGGAGGCCCAGCCCAGCCCAACAGUCACCAGAGCUAAGAACUGAAACUGGGGCUGGCAGCGUGGGUGAGGAUGCCCUCCCCACAGGAGCAGAGGUGGGGAAGGACGACGGCGACUCCCUGGAGAGCAUGGCAGAGACCCAGAUGCCUGCAGAGGGAGUAGCUGGCCCAGUGGAAAAGGACAGCACACCCAGCAAAGCAGAGACAGCGAUGCCCCCUGCUCACACAGGCAGUGGGGCACCCGUCUCCCAAACUCCCCCCAGACCUCCCCUUCCCAGCAAGCCCACAGUGCUCACCCAGGAGAAAGCCAGCUCAUUGGACGGACGGCUCAAGGACACGCGGCCCACCCCUGCCCCAAGGAGGACCACCGAUGCAUCAGCCCUGUCCCCUCCAACAUCUCACCCCGUCCCCCGUCCCAGGUCCACUCUGCAGGGCGAGGGCAGCGAGUGUGGGCCUGGCAUGGUGAACGGUAGGGUACCUGAACCCAGCCCCCCUGUCCCAAAACCCCGAGGGAGACCCUGCUCCUCUGAUCGUGCUGGAGCUGCUGCGAGAGCCAAGGACCCACCGUGGAUGGCCUUAGUGCAAGCAGAGCCCAAGAAGAAGCCAGCUCCCCCUCCUCCCCCGGGAAGCAGCCACGAGACUCCGAGUAGGACUUCAGAGGAGGAUGGGGAGGAGGUGGGGAAAGCCAGGAGUGAGGAGAGCAGGUCUGAUGCCGCAGAGCCCAAACCAUACAACCCCUUUGAGGAGGAGGAUGAGGAAGAAGAGGAGAGUGCUGUCACCCAAAAGAGCACACCUGAGCAGGAGCAGAGCGAGACUGCUGCAAAACCUCUCCACCCCUGGUACGGCAUCACUCCCACCAGCAGCCCAAAGGCGAAGAAGCGGCCAGCUCCACGAGCCCCCAGUGCUUCCCCACUAGCCCACCACCCCAUCUCCAGGCUGUCGCACUCCGAGCCAUCAUCCUCCACCCCAUCUCCAGCUCUCAGCCUCGAGAGCAUCAACUCUGAGAGUUCAUCCAAGGUGCUGGGUGACACCGAUGAGGCCUCAGUGCCCAAAAGCUCCUCCGAGCCCACUGUCCACACGCCGACAGCCACCAAGACCUCUAGCACUGACACGCCGCUGGCCAGCGUCUCCUCCAGUGAAAGCCCUGCUGCCCCAGCCAGCCUCUCUACCAACUCCUCCUUCUCCUCCUCCAGUGAGCUGGCCAGCUUCAGCGGGGAGGCGCAGCCCAGCACCCCGCACACCAGCAGGAGCGUCUCCACUGGCAGCUUAAAGACCAGCCCCAGCCGGCUGCCCCCCAAGCCUCCUGCUGGGGCUAGCCCUACACCCAUCCUCUUGGCUUCAGAUGGGGGUGCUGGGAGCCCUAAGAUGCCCUCCUCGCCCAAGCCACAGCUAAAGUCUUCCUGCAAAGAGAACCCCUUCAACCGGAAGCCAUCGCCUGCCGCUUCCCCCUCUGCAAAGAAACCUUCCAAGGGCUCCAAGCCAGUGCGUCCUCCUGCACCAGGUCACGGCUUCCCACUGAUCAAACGCAAGGUGCAGACAGAUCAGUACAUCCCUGAGGAAGACAUCUAUGGGGAGAUGGAUGCUAUCGAGCACCAGCUGGACCAACUGGAGCACCGUGGGGUGGCCUUGGAGGAAAAACUUCGCAGUGCUGAGAAUGACAGCCCUGAGGACAGCCUGCUGGUGGACUGGUUCAAACUCAUCCAUGAGAAGCAUAUGCUGGUGCGUCACGAAUCAGAACUCAUCUACAUCUUCAAGCAGCAGAACCUGGAGCAGCGGCAGUCAGACGUGGAGUAUGAACUGCGUUGUCUCCUCAACAAGCCAGAGAAGGACUGGACCGACGAGGACCGAGGGAGGGAGAAGGUGCUGAUGCAGGAGCUGGUGACCAUCAUUGAGCAGAGGAAUGCUAUUGUGAACUGCCUGGACGAGGACCGGCAGAGAGAGGAGGAGGAGGAUAAAAUGUUGGAAGCCAUGAUUAAAAGGAAAGAAUUUCACAAGGAGACAGAGACCGAGAGCAAGAAGAAAGGCAAAUUCAAGCCCAUGAAGGUGCUUAAGCUGCUGGGCAACAAGCAUGACUCCAAGAGCAAGUCGCCCAAGGAGAAAAGCUAGAGCAGGGGAACACCAGCAGUGGGAGGGAUGUGCUGCCCGACUGCCCUGGCCUCUCCGCAGCUGGCUGGGAUGCCUGCCAGGAAGGGGGGCUCGUCUCCCUCCGCUCCCCUCGCUUCUCCUCCCACUCCCUCCCCAGCCACCAGAGCUGCCGCCCCAGGGAGACGCCAGCCCUCUGCCCGGAAUGGGGGAGUCCAACCAAAGCGCUCCUCUUCCCAAGGCUGCGGAGGAGCCUGACCGUCCCCUCCAUGAAGCCUUGCUAACGAGGUGGGGAGAAGAUGGAUUCGCUUUUCGGAUACAUUACCCCAUUGCGUGUUCUUGUUAUUAACUGAGGAGCAAGCCAAGGAGUUUGGUGUUUGUGGGAAAACUUGCACUAACUGCCCCCCGUCCCUUCUCCCGCUCUAACUGUGACAGUUCCACGUGCCUCUGACCUCUGCCAGGAGGGGACUGGGCCUGCCCGUCCCUCCCUGCCCACCCGCUCUUGUCCCCUUCCUGUCCUAUUUUUAACUUCAGGAGAAAACUCUGGCAUUAGAAUCCAUAAUUAGAAUUAGGAUUCUUUGGGUUUUACUGGCCUAAACUAAAAUGUUAAGAAAACACUCCCGCAUCACAAGGCUCUAGAGCCGUAGCCAAAAAAAUAACUGGUGCCCUAUUUAUUUUGAGAUGUCCCCUCCCUCGAGUGCCAGGGCUGGGUGGGCUCCAUUACAGGGCUGAGAGGACCCAAGGGGACGGUGCACAGCUGCUAGGAUGUAGCUCACUGCCCUACUCAGGACAUCUUACCCCCCACUGCUGCUAAACACCGCUGACUCUGCUGCCUUUGAGGGGAGGGAGGAACAUUCCUUUUCCAGGCAAGGACAGAAAAGCUCAAGACUGACUCGGUGCCGGCAAAAGGGGCACUAAGCUUGUGCCUCUGCUCACCAGUGCCACCCUUGAGCGGGGAGAGGCAUGGGCGCAACUGACCUUGACCCAGCUUCAUCUGUGUAUACUUUAAAAGUGUGCAGGGGUUGGCUGGUUAUUUUUUACACCUCCUUUACUAGAUGAAUUCAAACCCACCCUUAAAACUUUUUAAACCCCUUAUUUUAUUUGUCAUGUGUGUGCGUGUGUGUACAUUGGAGGAGGGAUUGGGGGGGCAGUGUUCUUCCAGCCAUCCCUUCUUCCUACCAUUUUUGUUUCCUGCCUUCUCCUCCAAGGCGAGGAGCUAUUUAUUGAAUUGUUGGAUCAGUCUGAAUUAGUGUCAUGGGUGUUUGGUUGGUCAGCUGUUUGUCAUGCCUUCUCGUUAGCAAACUAGACAUAACCAGCCCCGAGCAAACUGCUGCAGUCCCUUCUAAAAACCCAACGGGCUUUAGCCAAAAUGCUCUCAGAGCAGUGCCUUGCAAGGUGGCUGGCAUAGCGUUCUGGAAAGGGAUCCUCGUUUCCCAAAACCUGAGGGACCCGAGCCCCUCCUCAGUCCCAGCGUGACUGGGAGGUGGCAAGCUCAGCCCCAUGCUGGUGACGCUGUCUCACUCUUGCCGUACCCCAGCAGGCUGAUGAGGAGCAGUGGAAGGGGAGGGGAGAUCCCAAAGCACAACUUCUCUCCCAGGAGAAACAAAUCUGCUUUAGAGCCUGCUGUCACGUCACUGUUGCCAAAGGCCAUUGGGAUCGCUGCAGCCUGACACCCCUUGGCCCCGCACCCGGUCAGAACUCUGAUUUGUAAAUUAUACUGUACUAACUCCGUGACUUCCAUUCACCUGAACAGAAAUAAAAGAAACAUUGGAUUUAAAAACU